AUGUCGGAUAUUGAAGAAACAAUCAAUAGAAUCAAGACUCAUAAGUCUGUUUAAGGGAUUGUGAUCUGCAAUAACGAUGGUUAAAUAAUAAGGAGUACCUAUGGAACAGAAAGCAAAGAAGGAGAAAACAUUGCUAGAACCAUUCCUACAUUAGCUGCCAAGGCCAAGUACUAAAUAUUGUAAUGGAUUAACAAGAUCGACAGUACGUGAUUUAGAUCCAAACAAUGAGUUAACUUUCUUGCGUAUAAAGUCUAAGAAUAAUGAGAUAAUGGUGGCACCAGAUAAAGAGUUCUUGUUGAUAGUAGUUUAAGGACCAAAAGAAGAAAAAAAAGAGGAAGAAUGAAC